GACGUGGUCUCCAUGUCCAACUCGUCCUCGCAGUUGAUCGUCAAAUGGAAACCGCCGAUCCACCGCAACGGCAACUUGACCUGGAUGAAGCUGCCGACCAGCGUGGUGGCCAGCCCACCAGACGGCUACGACCCCGACGCACACAACGACUCCAUGCCGGAGAGCGGUCAACACUGCUGCCAAUGCCCCAAGACUCAGGCGCAACUGGACGAGGAGGCAGAGGAAACCUCGUUCCGCAAGAAGUUCGAGAACUUUCUCUACAACUCCAUCUUCAUUCUCAGAAAACCCAAGACCGUGCAAGGCAUGAAACUCAGAUCCCCGCGGUCGCGGCGGGACGCGGAGAGCAGCGCGAAUGGGACAGAGUCGGCGGUCAACGUGUCCUUGUCUGAGGCCGGUCUGAACGUGAGCGCCGGGAACGGCUCCGGGUCGGCGGGGAAACCGCGCACCGACUUCCCGUACCUGGAGGACAAGGUCUUCAAUAAGGAGCGGAUAGUCAUCUCGCGGCUGCGACACUUCACCGAAUAUCGGAUCAACAUCCACGUGUGUAACCACGCGGCGCAUAAAGUGGGCUGCAGCGCCGCCACCUUCGCCUUCGCCCGCACCAUGCCCAAGGCGCACGCCGAUGACAGUGGGAACGUCAGCUGGGAGUUGGCGGCGGCGGGCACCAUCUUGCUGCGCUGGCCGGAGCCCGCGGACCCCAACGGGCUCAUCCUCAAGUAUGAGAUCAAGUACAGUCGGGACAAUGAGUGUGUCCCACGACACGUCUACCAGAAGUUCGGAGGGGCGCGGAUCAGCCGCCUGCAGCCGGGAACUAACUACAGCGCCACCGUCCACACCACGUCGCUGGCCGGUAACGGCUCGUGGACCGAGCCCAUCACCUUCCACAUCCCGCGCUGCCCCAAGAAAUCCGAGGAUUCCCUGACCGUCUUGACCUUGAUGCCCGUCGCUCUACUCGUCGCCAUCCUCCUGCUCGCCGUCAUCGUGUACGUCUACACACAAGAAGAGGCAACAUCCUCGUUUCUGAUGUAUAACGUUAACCCCCUUCCCUCCCUCCUCCUCUCCUGCAGAAUCAAUGGAUUCCUCAACGGCACCUUGUACAUGUCGGUGAACCCGGAGUACUUCAACGCAUCAGACAUGUUACGUGGCGUGGACGAGUGGGAAGUUCCCCGGGAAACAAUCACCAUCAUGAAAGAGCUGGGCCAGGGCUCGUUCGGCAUGGUGUACGAAGGCAUCGCCCAGUUGCCCGCGACAGGCGAGGCCGACACCCGCGUGGCGCUGAAGACGGUGAACGAAUCCGCCAGCCGGCGGGAGCGCGUCGAGUUCCUCAAAGAGGCGUCCGUCAUGAAGGCCUUCGACUGCUACCACGUGGUGCGUCUGCGGGGGGGGGUGUCGAGAGGUCCACCCACGUUGGUCAUCUUGGAGCUCAUGACCCGCGGAGACCUCAAGAGUUACCUCCGCUCGCUGCGUCUCAGCACAGAGAAUAACCGGGGCUUGUCGCCGCCCACUCUACGGGACAUGAUGCAGAUGGCGGGAGAGAUCGCGGACGGUAUGGCCUACCUCAACGCCAACAAGUUCGUUCACCGCGACCUGGCCGCGCGCAACUGCAUGGUCUCCGAGGAUCUGACCGUCAAGAUCGGAGAUUUCGGAAUGACCCCUCCCAUUUACGAGACGGAUUACUACCGGAAGGGGGGGGACCUCCCCCUUCCCCUGCCCGUCCGCUGGACCCCUGGGUCGUUCGGGGUGGUGCUGUGGGAGAUCGCCACGUUCGCCGAGCAGCCAUACCAGGGCCUGAGCAACGAGCAGGUGCUGCGGUUCGUGCUCAACAACGGCACGCUGAGCAAACCCGCCAACUGCCCCGAGAGACUCCACGAAUUGAUGCUCCUGUGUUGGCAACAGAACCCGCGGUCGCGCCCGACCUUCCUACAGAUCCUGGAGCGGAUGACGGACGCCAUGAGGCCCAGCUUCCGAGACCUCUCCUUCUUCUACAGCGGCGGCGCCGCGCAGCUGCGGGAGACGGGAGGCAGCUCGACUCCCCGCACGGUUCCCGGAGCCUCUCCGUCUUCCUCGGGGCCUCGAACGCCCCUCGCUGGGGCCCGGCCGUUCGCCGAACGGUGCCAGGGCGUUCACCUCGGCUACUGUCACCUGAACGGGAAGGCGGGGGGCGCGGAGGCCGACAGCACGCUGUAGCACCAGCCCGCCGGCCCCGGUUAUCCCGCCCCGGCCAUUCUAUUGUGAAUCUCGA